AUGAGCGCGGCACCGAGCGGGCGCAGGACGCCCCGCUCCGCGCCCUCUCUCUUCCAGGGAGGCAAGACCUCGCCGCACGGCUGCGACAGCGAACGCUCGGGGGCGGGCUCCGAUAGCGCCUAUUCAGACCCAGGAGUCCUGGACGACUGUAAGAUGAUUGUCCAGGAGUUCAAUACCCAGGUGGCUCUCUACCGGGAGCUGGUCAUUUCUAUUGGGGAUAUCUCUGUCACCUGUCCGUCUCUGCAUGCAGAAUUGCACAAAACUCGAACCCGGGGAUGUGAGAUGGCCUAUGAGGCUCAUCAAAAACUAGCAGCAAUUUCUGGCCCAGAAGAUGGUGAAAUUCAUCCUGAAAUCUGUAGGCUAUACAUCCAGUUGCAGUGUUGCUUAGAAAUGUACACAACAGAAAUGCUGAAGUCCAUAUGUCUGCUAGGAUCACUGCAGUUUCAUCGGAAAGGAAAAGAACCUUGUGGCCCACCCAAGAUUCUAGAUAUUAAAGUGGAAGAGAGUUCUGAAGUACCUAUUUUAGAAGACAUGUCAUCACCAACAGAUGUUCAACAGCAUCUAUGGCAGGUUUCCACAGAUAUUGAAAACACUGAAAGAGAUAUGAGAGAAAUGAAAAACCUUUUAAGCAAACUCAGGGAGACUAUGCCUUUACCACUGAAAAAUCAAGAUGAUAGCAGCCUCCUAAACUUGACUCCAUAUCCAUUGGUAAGACGACGGAAGCGAAGAUUCUUUGGAUUGUGUUGUCUUGUCUCAAGUUAGAAGAUUAAGCACAGAAGCACCAAGAAGAUCAUGACUUUAAUUAAACCACUGUUAUUUGACCACUGAAAAGAUGAACAUUGCUCCUCUUGAUUAUAAAGUACAUUUUCUACACUACACUAUUCAUUUUGCUCUUCUGCUCCCUCCUCAUCUUCAAAUAAGGGAUUUCACAGUGUAAAAUUAUGGUGAUCAAAAACAGCUGUGGAAUAGAUCUAGCAUAUUUAAAACUUUUUAAAGUAUGUUUUGCAUGCUUACUUUCAAUUGCUCAAAGAAGACACAUGAAUUAUGGUUCAUAGAUAAUUUUAAGAGGUUUUUUUAAUUGUUUGAAUUGCUGCUAAAAGUUUGUGCAUAGUACAGUAUUCUUAGUAUCAUAAUGAAAUAUUUGGUCAUACUCUUAACAGUCUUUAAGCAUAGAAAACUAUUUAACAGCAAAAGUAUUAAAGUUCUAAAACAUUCAAACCAUAUUGUAACAGAAUUUGCCAAAAUCUCCAGUUGCUUUUUGUGCUCACAUUUAUAUUUAGUCUUCCAAUAUAUCUCAAUUUAAAAGCUUCAUAGAAAAGUAUCUUAAUUUAUGAUACACAAAUCAUAAAUGAAAAUAGUUAGGACUGUAAAUACAGAGGAAUCAUAAUAACUGCAUACUGUACAAUGCAUAGAAGCAACAGAUUUCCUUUUAAGUCAAUAGUAUAUCUACAAGCAUUUGGAAAAAAUAAAUAAUUUAUUAAAAGGAGGUAUUAAAAUAAACAAUGUAAAACACAACACCAACCCAUUUUGUUUCCAAUAGAAUUCAAAGCAUGGUGUCUGCAUAUCACUAAGUCUAAAACUUAUAAGGCAUGCCAGAAUCAUCUGAGACUGUAAGAUAUUAAACAAUUUACAUUGUUAAUAAAGUUUUUUAUUUAAUUAAA